AUGCAAUCCUUGCCUCCUGACCAGGCCCAAUCUGACUCCCCAGAUAUCAACUCCCGGGUUGCUCAACUGAGCGUCGAGAAUAAUAACAAUAAUACACUAGACGAUGUGAAUAUUGAUAACGAUCCAAUUCCCGAGCAAAGACCACAGUCUCCGCUUGAACCGAUUGAACCGCCGCGCCGGCCCUCCAACCCAUCCGCCGAUAUCCCCGCGAGGUGUGAGGGGCAGCCGAGCCUCCAACAACAAACAGUAGAUUCGGAGCAUGGAGGACGCAGCUCUAGCCACACACCGCGGCGGGACAUACUCGCUGAAGCCGACGGGCCAGUUUCUCCCAUACGCUCCACUGGAAGAGGGUUCACUCGACCGCAGGACCAGUUGCAUGGCCAGUUGAGCGCAGAGAAUGGCUUGCGUUCGACAGGGAAUUGGAGCGACAAAGGUCAAUCACUGCCUGCUGAUGAUGGGAUGCGCAUUCUCCGACAACGAAUACAUGCGAUUAGAGAGAGCAACGCACCCAGUGCGGAGAAGGCCCAGCGGAUACACGCGUUAAUGACGGAGAAGUACCGCUCCUCGCUCAAAGUACCGGAUUCGCCGCAGGGUGUGCAUCACGAAAGGCCUUUGACCCCGUUGUCUCCGCAGAGUAAGCGUUCGUCUGAUCAGCUUACCCUAACCCCUGCUUCUACGUUCUCGAGCUCGUCCAGUACGUCCGGUAGGCACUUCCAUCUCUCGCUAGAUGAUCUUACUCCCACCUAUGUUCCUAACGUUGCGCCUCCCACACCAUCCUAUGGUGAUGAGGACUUGAUGCUCUCCGGCAAAACGGAUAAUUCGCCAAUUUCCCAAGUACAACAGGUAUUGGGAUGCCAACACUACAAGAGGAAUGUAAAGUUACAAUGCUUUACCUGCAAAGGCUGGUAUACCUGCAGAUUUUGCCAUGAUGCGGUGGAGGAUCAUUCUUUGAUUCGCCACGAAACAGAAAAUAUGCUCUGCAUGGUGUGUCGAACACCCCAGCAAGCAAGCCAAUGGUACUUGCACCGUAUGCUUGCCAAUCAAGCUCGAAACCAGUCAUCGAUGCAUCGAGCGCUCCACCCAGUGUGA